CGACACAACUGCAAAGUUACAGCAAAAAUCGUAGCAAUGACAUUAUUAUAGGGAUAGGAUCACGUCACGUGAUAUGAAUAGCAAAGCCAUGCGAGCCAUGUGCCACGAACGUGGCAUUUUGUGUGCCACAUGCUUUGUAUAACGUUUCCGUGCUGAUAAGAUUGAUAAGAUCUCGAAUGGUGGGAAUCGAGCGGCUCGAGCUCAUUUACGCCCAAAGUAUCGGCACGUCCAGUAAUAAUUCUCGCUUAAACGUGUUGCCACGCAAACUGUCAUUUGUGCUUAAUUAUUUAAUUAUUCGUCGUAGCGUGUUAGUGCGAUAGCGGACGUCGAUCGAGAAACAAUAAUGCCUGGAUACAGAUGGGUCAGAUGGCCGACGUCCUACGCCGAUCGUAGCAUGCUGAUUUCCAUCGGCAGGGAUCUAGACGGCAUGAAUCUUGUCGUAGGUCGUGCCAUGCAUCAGGGUGACAUGAUACCGGCGAAAGUGAAGCCAGACCAUGGCGUCGCCUACAUCUCCCAUGCCGGUGUCGAGCACAUAAAGCAUGACUUCGAGGUACUGAUGCCCGCCCAUUUCAAUUGGAUCCGAACGGGUCACGGCCAUGUACCGGAACACGCAGUGGAGGCUGGCAGGACCAUGAACGGGGAAAUGCUCUACGUCGGCCGUACUUUUCACAACGGCGUCGCCUGUGUGGGAAAGGUCCAUAGAAGUCACGGUGUUCUCUAUAUCCCAUUCGACGGAAAGGAAAUACCGUACAGGGAGUACGAAGUCUUGGUUCAAUGUUAGACCUUAUCAAUCGCGCGUACAGCGAUAUUGCGACAAGGCGUCACUUCACUUAGAACCGUAGGAAUUGUCAAAUAACGAAUGGUUUGAUUGCGAGAAAAAUUAAUUCUCUGCCUGAGAAUGUUUCAGUAUUGCACACAUUUUAUGUCAUAUUAAUAAGAAACAAAUACGUACGAUUAGAACAUUCUGUCCAAUAUAUUCUUUGUCCCUUUAUUUAUUUAUAUGUACUUUUGGAACAAUACAUUAACAAGUAAAUUGUGGCAAAUUGCAAA